AUGAUGCGACGCACUGUUGAACGGUCACAAAUAUGCCCUUCAAAAAAUACGGAUAAUGUAAAGAAUACAUAAAUGCUUCAUUGAUUGUUUUCAUCGGCCGUUUUCAGAUUUGCCCACGAGAAUUCAACCGCUGCUUAAGAAGGCUUUAUCCGUCAAUCAGGGAGAAAGAAGAUGUAAGGAACACCAGCAAAAUGUGCUGUGAAAUCGGCGGAAUAACACGGAUUAUUAUUUUUUUAGAAAAAUUUUUGAUGGGUUUUUUAUUUAUUUUUUCAACUGACUUAAGGUAUGCCACGGCGACCAAAAACGUAUAGAGGGGCGUGGCCUAGCGUCCACGGUUUAUCACCAUUUUGCCGCGAAACACUUUUGGUCGCCGUGAUAUGCUCUAUUCACGGUCUCCCAGGGCGCUAAUGCUAAACACAGUGCGCUCGUAAAUUGCGGAGUGUCGUUGUAACUUUUGAAAAUUUACAGGUCUGAAAAUGCAGUUCAAUUCGAGUUUACGACCUUUAUUUCUUUCUUUUUGACUUGAAAAACGUCUAGAAAACAAUAUUUUACUGAUUGGAAACGUUCUUAACAGAAUUUCGAGUUUUUCAUGUUUUUCGAAAUUCGUCAAAACUUCAAACCUUUAUAUUUCAGCUCAUUUUGCAUUUCAUGAGCGCAACAAACGAUAAAAAUGUUCGCUGAAUCUUUCUUCACAAAAUUCAGGUUCCGGCGGUUUGUUUUCUUGAGCAGUUUUCGAAAACUAUUCGAAAAACAUCAAAAUCCAGGCCAAAACCUUCAAAUCGAAAUGACUCGGCUAAUUCUCAACAAUGCGCGAGAUUUCUGUUACCAAAACGUAGCUAGUGCUCUAAUUAUUCGACGUCAGGUUCCAGGCUUACAAAAAAGAGGUGUAUUGUACAGAAAACAUGGAAAGAACGCGAACUCCCGUUGAAAAUUAAUUAAUCGGCCGCCGCGUAAAUCGACACAGGCCGCCUGUUGCAAGUGCGCCCCAUUGAAAUCAUUCGCCCUGUGGGAGACCGUGCUAUUCAUAAAUCAAAAAAAUUGUAGGCCUAACUUUCUGUACAAGCACUUUCAAUUAAAAUGCAAGUUAUUCCGCCAACUAUUCCACCAACUUAUUCGGCUGAUUGCGCCGGGCGGAAUAACUUAGUUAAACAUUUCUGUCAGCUGAACGUAUUCCAUCAAAAAAUAAAUAAAAAGUGAUUCCGUGUCAUUCCGCCUAUCUUUUCCGCUCAACUCAUUUAAAUUUUCCCGAUAUAUUUACAAUGCUUUUCUUUUUUCUUCAAGAUUGGAAACAUAACCUUUUUAGAACAUCAGCUUGCCAAGAUGCUGGGACUCCAACCAAGCUUCAUCAUAUUUGGAGUUAAGUCAGAAUGGCCUGUCUGUUUCCUUCAAGAAAAGUAGUGUUUUCGAUCCUCGACUUUGAUUUGGGCUACUAUAGUGAAUUUCAGAUGUCAGUCUACAGGGUGAUAAAGAUCCUUCUGGCGUUGUUCGCGCUGAUGCACCCAUUCCUUCUAGUAUCGGUCUCUACUAUUUUGAAGUUACUAUUGUUCAUGGCCACAGAGGAUGCAUGGGUGUUGGUUUGAGUAAAACAGGAGGCGAGCUGAAUAGAAUGCCUGGAUGGGAUUCUUCGUGUUACGGUUAUCAUGGUGACGAUGGAAAUUUUUUCUCUGCGUGCGGCCAUGGCACUGCCUAUGGACCGAAAUUUGGAACAGGAGACGUUAUCGGAUGUGGCAUUGAUACGUUACUGAGAGAAAUAUUUUUUACGAAAAAUGGAAAACAUCUUGGAACUGCUCUGAAAGGAAACAUUCCGUUUGAAGAACUGUAUCCUACUGUCGGCUUGAAAACUCCGGGCGAGCAGAUACACGUAAACUUUGGACAAGUGCCUUUUGUUUUUAACAUUUCAAAUUACAGCGCAGUAAGUUUUUAAGCUAGAACAAGUUUGAAAUGUUUUCUUGAAGGUUUUGAUCAAAAGAAAAAUAGAAACACUAGAGUCUAUUGCAAUGCCUGAAGACGUAAGACAACAUACUGACAGGUAUUUGAAAAAUGUGAGCAUUAUAUUAAACUUAACAUUGAAAGGAUUGUUUCAUCAUUUCUUGGAGAAUGUGGAGCCAUGGAUUCGCUGGAGAAGUUUGAAAACGUUGCGAAAAUACAACAAAAAAUGAAUUAUGAGUUUCUCAGAAAAAGAAAAGGUAUUUUGAAAAUGAAAUCAAUAAAAGAUAGCUAUUUAUAUUACAGAAAUUAUCGAAAUGAUACUGAAUGCAGCACAUGGAUCAUCCAUUCAAGCAAAUCUUGAAAACUAUUUUCCAAAUUGUUUGAGUGCCAAUCCGAGAGUUCAAUUGGUUCUACUAUGUCUACGAUAUAUCGACUUAGCCAACACACUACGAGAACCACCUGCCAGUUUUAAAAAGCCAAUAAGUGAAGCAGGUAAAAUUCGGAUCAUAAUGUUUAUAGAAAUGUGAUUUUCCAGGUCAGACUUCAUCCCCAUCGAACGUGCGAGUGGCAAAUUCCAAGUUCAGAAUAAAUACUCGUCAUAAGUCUUACAAAAGAACUCGCCAUGGUAAUCUUCAAGAGACGAAUAACGAAGGGCGAGAGAGAGCGAAAAGCUACCAACUUUCAGAUAGAAGUAGCUCGCCAAUAAGUGUCUCGGCGUCUACAAGAAAAUCAGCAGAGUAAAGCAUUUCCACGUUUUAUAAGUUCAUCUAAGAUUUCAGCUUACAUGAAAGCUCGGUUGACGCGAAAAAUGCGAGUACUGAUUAUUACAGUGAUGAUGAUACUGGCGAGUGCAUGAUGACUAUUGGUUAGUUUUCAUUGGAGUUCGAAGCAGAAAAAAAGCAACCGCAAGCGUUUUAUUUUUACUUCUUCCUAUUACGUUGACGGUUCUUACCGAAUUAUACAGGAUGCCGCGGCCCUGUCAUCGACCGCCUUGGGGUUUCUAUAAAUCUUAUCAUCAUCAUUCUUAUGUAAUAAAAAGCUAACGGAGUCUGUCCAUUUCUUUCUUUCUUUCUUUCUCCGUUUGUCCGGUCAUUUUUUCAUUUCUAAAACGGAAAAAGUUGUGACGAAGAAAUUGAGAAAUAAUAACUAACGGCGAAGCCGCUUCCGAGCGUUAGCUCGGUCUGAGCCACGGGGAGGGAUUAGCCGAAGGCGCCGAUACAAGACUGACGGCGGCAUUAGCCGCCAGUUGAGUCUUGUUUAAUAAAAAGUCUUGAGGAGUCUGUCCCUCCUUUUAUUUGUUUCUUGGUUUGUCCGCGCACGUUUUCAUUUCUAAAACGGAAAAAGAUGUAACGGGGAAAUUAAGAAAUAAUCACGUGAACUUUCGAACGGUUAGAAGAAAAUAACUAACGGCGAAGCCGCUUCCGAGCGUUAGCUCGGACCGCGCAGUGGGCCCACUCUCAAAGUCUUGUUGUUAAAUAAUAAGAAUUAAUGUUCAUGUUUCAGAUGGAAUUUCAAUUACCAAACGAAUGUACACGGACUUAUUAGUAUCAAACGAGUAAAAUAUUUUAACCCGUCUAACAACACAAUAUUUUUCAGACUUGAUAAGAUGUGCUAUAUAAUGAAAAUGGGGCGUGAGAUAAUGAAGCUGUCAAAAGAAUUCACACUGACGCAGAAAGAGAGACAGAUACUGGAGGUGCUGGAUAGCAAUCUGAAAUUUUUUUUCAAAAUGUCGUUUUCAGAUUGCGAUGACCAUGGUUCUGACGACAAGUCCUAUAGAAAAGCAUCCGCUCUCAUCUGCACAUAGGCGGUAUAUAGCUAACUUAGUCAUGACUAUGAUUAAUCAUGAGCAGCACUUGUCAGGUGGUAAGUUUAUGGGGCUAUUCAGCGUAUGUUUGUUUUCCGUUUUUUUUUUCGUUUUUUUACACCGCCGAAUUGGGUUUUUUGACGUAAAAAAAACGGGAAAAAAAUAAUUUUUUUCACAGCCUGAAUAACCCCAUUAGAUAGAGUUUUCUCUUUGUAGUAAAAUCUGCAUUCGGCAACCUUCAAACAACAAACAGUAAAACUUUACGGAAACAUUUUCAAACCUUUUAAAAAGGUUUAAUUAGAUUGAGAAAACAUAAUGUGUGUUCUUUGUAUCUGUUCUUUGUGAAUCUAAACAGACACAUUUUGCUUUGCCAAUCCAAUCAGACAAAUUUUGCUUUGGAUAAUUAGAAAAUAUAUCAGUCUAGCUAGAAAAAUUUUUCAAUCUAAUCGUAGUAAAAUAGUAAUCUAAUUAGGGCCGGUUAUAAACGCGAAUUAGAUUAAUAACGAGUUCCCUGAGGAUUUGAAGUAGCCUCAGGCUAUGCUCAUCAUGAGUAACUCAUGUAUGACGAUUGCAGAAAAUGGGACUUCCGGAAGUCAUAGGAUUCAUGUUUACUCUGAAUUACGAGGAAUGUUCAUGGGAUGGCAAACUCUUCACACUGAGGCAAUGUCUCAAGAUCAUCCGGUGGGCGCCAUCUCAUUUCUUAGAGAUGUGGUAUGUUUGUCCAAGUCACCGAUAGACAACUACUAUAUAUAUGCCAGGCUGUCUAUUCGAAAAAAUUCGAAGAAGACGAUGUGGACUAUUCAGACGAGCCAAUGGAAGAAGGCGCGGCAGAUGACAUUCAAACAGAAGGAUAG